AUGCGCAUCUUGGUGUCAAUGGAUGUCUUAACAGAGCUCGAGAGUGUUUAUACUGGCCUGGGAUGUCCGGGGACAUCAAGAAUUUUCAGUGAUCAAGAAAUUGAUCAUUUUUCAAGGCAUGGUAUUCCUGAACAGCUAGUAACAGACAACGGUUCACAGUUUGUGUCAUGUGAUUUUGUCAAAUUUGCAAAAGAGUGGGAUUUUGAACAUUUUACCAACAGUCCGCGUCAUAGUCAAGCCAACGGAAAAGCGGAGAGUGCUGUGAAAGAGGCCAAAAAGAUCAUAAUGAAGUGCAACAAAGCUGGCUCCGACAAAUUCCUAGCUUUGUUGGAUCACAGAAAUAUACCAUCUGCAGCCGUCCAGAUUAGUCCUGCACAGCGUUUGUUCAGUAGAACAACGAGAAAUCUUUUACCUAUGUCUACUGAAUUACUCAAGCCAAGUAUGGCAGAUGAUGAUUUGACACACCUCAAAUUGCGGAUGCGUCAACAACAAGCAAGGUAUUACAACAGAGGUGCGCGACACCUUCCACCUUUAGAAGAAGGCGACUCGAUAAGAAUCAAGCCCUGGAAACUUGGAAAGAAAGAAUGGCAACCGGGAUCGGUGAGAAAACGUUUGGAUGAGAGAUCCUACGAAGUGCAAACACCCUGCGGUAUGGUAUUCUGCGAAGAAACAGAGUUCAUUUAAGAAGGUUCAAUCUAUCCUUAAACAACAAUGAUACACCUAUUCAAAAUCCAGUGACGAGACCGCCCAGAAAACAUAUUACCUCAACCCCAGUGAACUUACCUACAGUGGAGCUGAGUUUGCCAUCAACCUCAACCACAACUCCUCCAUCUCCAACAAAUGAACAAGAAAGUAGCAGUUCUGGACACACCGAAGUUCGAAGAUCUCAGCGUUUGCGCCGAUUACCAACACAUUUAAAGGAUUUUGUUUUGAAAUAG